UGGCGGACCCGGCGAGCAGCUAUUGAGGCCCCCGGGCGCUCGGAGGCUGCAGGCCGCGCCGCCAGGCUGAGCCCCAGCCGUCUCGCCGCCGCCCGGGCGCUCCCUUCCAUCAUGCUGUGGCGGGGCAGCCAGGCGCUCCGGCGCUUCUCCACCGGCCGGGCCCAUUUCAAAAACAAGCUGAAGCUGGCACUUAUUGGUCAGAGCCUUUUCGGACAGGAAGUGUACAGUCACCUCCGCAAAGAGGGCCACCGAGUUGUGGGCGUGUUCACGGUUCCAGACAAGGAUGGCAAAACUGACCCGCUGGCUUUAGCUGCAGAGAAAGAUGGGACCCCCGUGUUCAAGUUCCCCAGAUGGAGAGUCAAGGGCAAGACCAUAAAGGAGGUGGCAGAGGCCUACAAAUCUGUGGGUGCUGAGCUAAACGUGCUUCCCUUCUGCACACAGUUUAUCCCCAUGGAUGUAAUUGACAGCCCAAAGUAUGGCUCCAUCAUAUAUCACCCCUCCAUCCUUCCCAGGCAUAGAGGAGCCUCUGCUAUCAACUGGACUCUAAUUAUGGGAGAUAAGAAAGCUGGGUUUUCUGUUUUCUGGGCUGAUGAUGGUUUAGACACAGGACCCAUCCUUCUUCAGAAGUCAUGUGAUGUUGAACCCAAUGAUACAGUGGAUGCACUUUAUAAUCGGUUUCUCUUUCCUGAAGGAAUCAAAGCCAUGGUGGAAGCUGUUCAACUCAUAGCCGAUGGAAAAGCUCCUCGCAUUCCCCAACCAGAAGAAGGAGCAACAUUUGAAGGCAUCCAGAAAAAGGAAAAUGCUGAGAUUUCUUGGGAUCAGUCUGCCGAAGUUUUGCAUAACUGGAUCCGAGGUCAUGAUAAAGUCCCUGGAGCUUGGACAGAGAUAAAUGGACAGAUGGUCACAUUUUAUGGCUCGUCAUUGCUGAAAAGCUCCGUGCCUUCUGGAGAACCACUGGAAAUCAAAGGUGCCACGAAGCCUGGUCUUGUUACCAAAAAUGGACUUGUUCUUUUUGGUAAUGAUGGAAAAGCACUGAUGGUGAGGAAUUUGCAGUUUGAAGAUGGAAGAAUGAUUCCAGCCUCUCAGUACUUUUCAGCGGGUGAGACCUCAGUGCUAGAACUUACAGCCGAAGAGGUGAAGGUGGCAGGGACCAUCAAGGUCAUCUGGGCUGGAAUUUUAAGUAACGUCCCUGUUAUUGAAGACUCGACAGACUUCUUUAAAUCUGGAGCAAGCUCAAUGGAUGUUGUCAGGCUGGUUGAAGAGAUCAGACAGAAGUGCGGUGGGCUUCAACUACAGAAUGAAGAUGUGUAUCUGGCCACCAAGUUUGAAGACUUCAUUCAGAAAGUUGUGAGGAAACUGAGAGGAGGAGAAUCAGAAGAGGAGCUGGUGGUGGAUUAUGUUUCAAAGGAGGUCAAUGAAAUGACAGUGAAAAUGCCAUAUCAGUGUUUCAUAAAUGGACAAUUCACAGAUGCUGAUGAUGGAAAGACCUAUGAUACUAUCAACCCAACAGAUGGAUCUAUAAUAUGCAAAGUAUCCUAUGCUUCUUUGGUGGAUGUUGAUAAAGCAGUAGCAGCAGCAAAAGAUGCCUUUGAAAACGGUGAAUGGGGAAGAAUGAAUGCAAGAGAAAGAGGAAGGUUGAUGUACAGACUUGCAGACCUACUGGAAGAGAACCAGGAGGAGCUGGCAACCAUUGAAGCCCUUGAUUCAGGGGCUGUCUACACCCUGGCUCUGAAGACUCACAUCGGAAUGUCUGUGCAAACAUUCAGAUAUUUUGCUGGCUGGUGUGACAAAAUUCAGGGUUCUACUAUUCCAAUCAACCAGGCCCGUCCAAAUCGCAAUCUGACCUUCACCAAGAAGGAGCCGCUUGGGGUCUGCGCCAUUAUCAUCCCCUGGAAUUACCCACUGAUGAUGCUGGCGUGGAAAAGCGCCGCGUGUCUGGCGGCGGGUAACACCCUAGUGCUCAAGCCAGCGCAGGUCACGCCCUUGACCGCUUUGAAGUUUGCUGAGCUCUCCGUGAAAGCAGGCUUUCCCAAGGGGGUAAUCAACAUCAUCCCAGGCUCAGGUGGCAUAGCUGGGCAACGCCUUUCUGAACAUCCUGAUAUCCGUAAACUUGGUUUCACUGGGUCCACUGCUAUUGGCAAACAGAUCAUGAAGAGCUGUGCUGUGAGCAACCUGAAGAAAGUUUCCCUUGAACUUGGUGGCAAAUCCCCACUUAUAAUAUUCAAUGACUGUGAACUUGACAAGGCUGUGAGAAUGGGCAUGGGGGCAGUAUUUUUCAACAAAGGAGAGAACUGUAUUGCAGCCGGGCGCUUGUUUGUGGAAGAAGCCAUCCACGAUGAAUUUGUGACAAGAGUGGUGGAAGAAAUUAAAAAGAUGAAAAUUGGUGAUCCACUUGACAGAUCUACCGAUCACGGGCCCCAAAAUCAUAAGGCCCAUCUGGAAAAGCUUCUGCAAUACUGUGAAGCUGGAGUGAAAGAGGGGGCCACCUUGGUGUACGGGGGAAGACAAGUUCAAAGGCCAGGCUUUUUUAUGGAACCAACUGUGUUCACAGAUGUGGAAGACCACAUGUAUCUUGCCAAAGAGGAAUCAUUUGGGCCCAUUAUGGUCAUUUCUAAGUUCCAAAAUGGGGACAUCGAUGGAGUGUUGCAGCGAGCAAAUAACACAGAGUACGGUUUGGCCUCAGGGGUUUUUACAAGAGACAUAAAUAAAGCCAUGUACGUGAGCGAGAAACUAGAAGCGGGAACUGUUUUUGUUAACACCUACAACAAGACGGACGUGGCCGCCCCUUUCGGUGGGGUUAAACAAUCUGGCUUUGGGAAAGACUUAGGUGAGGAAGCUCUAAACGAAUACCUCAAAACCAAGACUGUGACGCUGGAAUACUAGAGAGAGCUGUCGUCGGGAACCCCCUGCAGACAGCCUCACUCCUCAACUCUCUCGACACACUUGAGGAGCCUGGAUGUGCUGAAGGAGGAGCCUCGAGUUGAAAAAUCCACACGUGGACCACCAAGGGGGUCAGACCACAUGUCUAAGCAUUUACACCUGUGCCUGAGUGUUUUCUACUGCACCUUUUAUACUUUCAAAUGAUUUGCAGUUGUUGGGUUUUGACUAUGUUGUAUCUCACAUGUAUUUAUAGACCGCCAAGCUGCUUUUUCUCCCCAACUAAUCUAGCCGUUGUUCAUCUUGAAAAAAGCCAGUAUCAGCCGGUUGUACUACACGAGGUGCAUUUUGGGGGAAACUUUGCAUAAUAAUGUGCAGAUUUUAACCUCCAAACUAUACCUAUGGGGCUGUUAAAAGGGUUUUCUAUAAUUUUGCUCUCAUGGAACAGUAUAUCCUAUAAGGAAUGUGAAAUGAAUUUUUUUUUUCAUAUUUGGAAAUAAGAUACAUCUUUGUGCCUUUUGAUGUUCUAUUUUUCAACCCACUGUGAUGGGUAAUGAACCCACAAACAGUUCUUCUAGGAAUGGGGUACUAUGUAAUGUUGUGAGCAGUAGACAGAAUUUAAUGACAUUAUCUCUGGCUCCAAAUAGCUUAAAUUCUAAUAAAUAGCUUUUAAAAAGUGA